AUGAAGCCUCUUGUUGGAAUAAACUUCAUCACGCUACACUAUACAUGGAUAUUGUUCAUGGGGUUACUGUCAAUCGCGGUGUUCUAUCCAUUUGGCAAUGUCUCGGCUAUCGAUUCGUACUUCUUUGGUGCGAGUGCCUCUACUGAGUCGGGCCUGAAUACUGUCGACGUCAAAAAUCUCAAAACCUAUCAGCAGCUUUACUUGUAUUUCAUCCCCAUGCUCACAAAUCUGGGCUUCAUCAACAUUAUAGUCGUUAUUGCACGACUGUACUGGUUUGAAAAGUCUAUCAAGAGAAACGCAUUGUCAAUCCAGCAAGAGGGGACGUCUGGUUUACAGAGAGAUAUCGAGUCACAGCCGACGGAAUUGAUCAAUGAAGAUUUGGAUGCAGAAGGAACCCGUGAAGAUCCUUUAGACAUGGAGCCGGUUGAGCAAAGAGCGCCGGCCAGGAUCACUUUUGCCAAAGAUUUGGCGACGCCCACCUCUGAUCGCAAGGCACUGCAAAUCCCAUCUCCACGAGAUAGGGAUAAUGGUCAUCCUGUGGUGGAAUGCGAUGUAACAGAAAGCCACGACGCCAUUCGACCUAUUUCUCAGACUACACGUGAUGUCUCUGGAUUCUGGCGUCGGUCAAUGGAUACUGGUCAUCGACUUUCCCACGCUCGAUCCCUGGAGCGUGCUGUUUCAGACAUGUUCGUACUAAGACCAGACCGCAGUCGUGACAGGACAGUAUCAACGGCCGACACUGGGUCCACUCCUACUGUUGUAAAACGGCUUCCUCGGCUCUCCAGGCACAUAACAAUUGGGCGCAACUCCCAUUUUAGCAACCUCUCCAUGCGCGACCGUAGGAUUCUUGGAGGGAUCGAGUACCGCAGCUUGCAGUUAUUGCUCAAGAUUGUUUCUAUCUACUUCUUUGGUAUUCACAUUUUUGGUGCCAUAUGCCUUGUGCCAUGGAUACACCGUGCUGAUCGCAAGUAUACCGACUAUUUAGCUUCUGUUGGACAAGACAAAACUUGGUGGGCCUUCUACUCGGCACAAACCAUGGUGGACAAUCUCGGCUUCACGCUCACUCCAGAUUCCAUGAUCGGCUUUCGCGACGCGACUUGGCCAUUGCUGGUCAUGACAUUCCUGGCAUUUGCUGGGGAAACACUGUACCCCGUCUUUCUUAGGCUGGCCAUUUGGACAACGUCGAAAGUGGUCCCACGUCAAUCCCCCAUGCAAGAGCCACUAAGAUUUCUUCUGGAUCAUCCACGACGAUGUUAUACUUUACUCUUCCCCAGUAAACCAACCUGGAUACUUUUCGGCAUCAUCGUGGCUCUCAAUUUCAUCGACGUUCUCCUAAUCAUUGUGCUAGACUUGAACAAUCCUGCCGUAAACGAUCUCGCGCUGGGACCACGCAUUCUUUCAGCCAUAUUCCAGGCAGCAUCUGCCAGACACACUGGAACCUCUACAUUUAACUUGGCCAAGGUCAAUCCAGCCGUUCAAUUCAGCUUGGUUGUCAUGAUGUACAUCUCCAUCUUUCCCAUCGCCAUUAGUAUUCGUGCCUCGAAUACCUACGAGGAGAGGUCUCUUGGUAUUUACAGCGCAGAACAAACACCAGAUGAAGUUCGCGGCCGGUCCUACAUCAUGAGUCACGUCAAAAAUCAACUAAGUUUUGAUCUGUGGUACAUAUUUCUGGGUACCUUUUGUAUAUGUAUUUCAGAGUCUACCAGGAUUGCAGACGAUACCCAGCCCGAGUUUUCCGUCUUCUCAGCCCUCUUCGAGGUAGUCUCUGCGUAUGGCAACGUAGGCUUGAGUUUGGGUCAUCCUUCUGUCAAUACGUCGCUGAGCGGCCAAUUUACAACUUUUAGCAAGCUCGUCAUUUGCGCAAUGAUGAUCCGUGGUCGCCAUCGUGGCCUUCCCUACGCUCUGGAUCGUGCCGUUAUGCUUCCGGGACAGGCCGCAGUCGAAGACAAUGAGGACGGUCGAUCCAAAGUCGAGUAG